AUGCGGCGUGACGAGGGAGCUGGGCUCCUUGUUAAGACGUACGGUGUGGUCCAAGACCACGACAAACUCCAGCUCUUUGUGUGCGAGCAACCUGACAACGACGUCAUGUGA